AUGGUGAAGAUGGAAAAGGAUGGAAAAACUGCUAAAUCAUGGAUAUGGAACCUUAUAAAUACUGGUUUAACAGCUGCUUCAUAUGGAGUUCUUCAAUACCAAAUCGGAAAGAUAUGGGCAGUACUUGGUGAAGAAGUUUUAGAUGACGUUAAAAAUGCUUUGAACUUCAUUUCAAAUGGUUCUGAUACUAUUAAAACUUUAUCUGGUUGGAUGCAAGAAACAAGGAGUCAAAUAGAUACUGUAAGACGUAUAGCAAACAAUGCACGUACGGGAUUGGAUACUUUACGAGAAGCACAAAAUACACUAAAGGAAGCAAAUGAUAUUCUUGGCUCAGUAUCAGACAUGCAUGAAGAUUGGCUUAAAGGUAUUGACAAAUCUUUAAAAAAUCACAGUCAGUCUAUUGCUGACUACAAGAAAAGUAUAGAUUUUUUACAUAGUGCUAUGGACGUACAUGAUGGAAGCAUAAGGAACUUACUUAAUGCUAACAAUAACUUACCAGGAACUAUUAAAGCAUUUAUAAAGUCCUUUGUAAAACCUGGUGCUCUAACAUUUAGGUCUUUGAGAGCAAGAGCAUUGAAGUCAAGAGAUGCAGAAACUCCAACAGAACCUAUAGAAGGAACUGAAACAACAGAAACUCCAGAAGAACCACCAAAACCAACAGCUAAUGAAAUAUU